AAUUCACAUAACAUGGACACAACACCAGCAAUGUCAAACAACUACCAAUAUCUUUCUUCAUCACCAAAGAUGUAUACACCUGCUUUUAGUGUAUUUAUCAAUCAGCAUGGCACCUAUGAAUGCAGCUAUACUUAAAGACACUUCCAGGAGUGUCCAGUGAACUCCAGGCUUCCCCUGACAUUUCUUCUGCCUGCCUGCUUACUGUUUCCAUUAAUCAGCAUGUCAACACUUGCAGGACAGAUUUCAAAGAAGGAGAAUGUGAACAAACACCCAGGACUUUAAUAAAGCUGGGGGGGGGGAAUCAAGAAAUUUCCCCUAAAUACUUACAUAGAAUGAUACAACUCCAGCCACCUGUGUGAGUCCUAACAACAGGAAGGUUCAUGUUUUGAAACCUGGCUGGGGAAAAGGGACAAAUCUUAUAGUCCCCUUUCCCACUCUCCAAACCUUUAGAACCCUCAUCUCAGUUCCAGGAUAAUUAGCAAGGGGAAACCAAUGUUUGUAUUUAGCCUAUUGGAAAGGAAUUGAUACAAGAGGUAAGUAAGCACAUUAUGGAGAACACACAUUGAAAGGCCACUACUCCCACUUCAGAUACAAAAUAAAGCCUUUGUGUUGAACUUGAUUAGGGUCAUACCAAUUUCAGCAGGGCAACCUGGACCUAGAUGCUCAUUAACUAAUCAAGGUUGCAGAGCUGAGCUAAUUUGCAAUUAGCACUUUUCAGGGAAGCCAGCCUGCAUGGAAAGAAAAGCAGUUUAGAAAGAGAUAGCUUAUUCAAACAAUCUCUGUCUGCAGGUGAAGAAAUUUUAGGAAGAGGGGAAAAACAGAAGAAAAGACAAAAAUUCAAGUUAGGAUAUCAAACACAGUUCAUCUAUCUUUUCCAUUUAAAACAUAUGUAAAGCUAGCCUAAGCAACAUAGCCAAAGCAACAACCAGGCUCCGCCCUGAAAGUUUUCCUACUCUUGAAAAUAAUCUUGAAAGUAAAAAAAAUGAUAAUAUUGUGGCAGCCUUGAGGGUUUUUUUUUUUUUUUUUUUUUUGGCAGGUAUACCCCAUCUUUCAUAGGAAAGGUCAAGUAGUGGCAAAGUUCUUGAAAGGUUAGAUUUUUGCCUUCUUGUAAAUAGUGAAUUUGUGACUAAUUACAUGCAUCAUGGCAGGUAUUUUGCAAUUGUUAUCAGUAAAUUGCACCUUUGGGGCUAUCAUGGGGAUAGAUAUAGGAAAGAUCACUAUGUACUUCAUCUUGGCUUCUUAGAGAAAAGGGGGAAUAUAAAUACAUUGAUGGACAGAGGAAUGACAAAAUUCCAAAAUUUUGAAGGUGUUCACUAUGGUGAUCCACAUUAUAUAUUAUCAGUUCAAAGAUAGGUGGAUAGCAGGUGACUGAGUAAUUUCCUUCUUCUUUUCUUUGUUCUGAUAUUACCAGUACAUUUAGCCUAUUUGUUUCAGAAACACUCUUUACAGUUGCAGAAGUGAGAAAACCUGCAACAAAUCCAAAUGACUAACCUAAUAGAUGAUAAUGAAUGGACCUCAAAUUCAACAUUUUAUGAUUACACCCCAAUAGAAACAAAUUAUUGUAAUAUGGAUGAGACCUCCAGAUUCAGCGCUAUAUUUACUUGCAUCCUUUAUUCUCUGAUCUUCUUCUUCAGCUUGGUAGGAAAUAGCCUUGUUUUGUGGAUCGUGAUGAAAUAUGAGAACCUCAAAUCUUUAACAAACCUCUUCAUUCUGAACCUUUGCAUCACUGACUUGACCUUCUCAUGCACUCUGCCUUUCUGGAUUGUAUAUCAUUAUUAUGGAUGGAUUUUUGGUAAAUUUCUCUGCAAGGCAGUAAGUGCUAUCUUUUCUAUCAGCUACUACGGUGGUGUCAUCUUUCUCACUAUAAUGACUAUCUUGCGGUACCUGGCUGUGGUUGAUCCCUUAUCAACCAUGAGAACACAGACCAAAAAAUAUGGCAUUCUGAUGAGCAUGGCCAUCUGGAGCAGCAGUAUAAUGGUUACGGUACCUGAGAUCCUUUUUAUUGGAGUCAUAAUUGAUAAUAAUGGCAAACAACACUCUUGUUACAUUGGGAUGCUUAAGAUUCUGCUUAGAUCAAGAUCUCAAACGAAGUACAGAACUGUGAGACUCAUAUUUGCUAUUGUGGUGGUCUUUUUCUUGAGUUGGGCUCCUUACAAUGUGUUUAACUUUGUGUAUGUUUUGUCUAUUCAGCAUGUCAUCAAGCCAGAAUGUCAAACUCGCAAUCAUAUAUUUUUUGCUUUUGAUAUCAGCCGCAAAGUAGCCUACUGUCACUGCUGCAUCAACCCAAUUCUCUACGUCUUUGUUGGAGUGAAAUUCAGAAGGCACCUAAAACUCUUGUACAAACAAUUGUCCCUUUGUCAGGGCAGAAUCUCUCCCUCCAGCCCAAGAUUGCAUUCAUCUCAUUUGGGUCCAUAUGAUGAUGCAUCCAUAUACUGAAGCAAAGAUUCCUGGACUGGAUGAAAUGCAAAACAGGACAACCAAUAUGAGAAGUUAAACAGAAUAACUGACAAGCUCUUCAGACAUGCAAAGUGCACCUAGUCUUCCUGCUUGUUUUCACUGAAGUUUUCUGCCUUUCUAGCAAAAAAAAAAAAAAA